AGGAGCAUCAGGGUUGACCCGGGAUGAAAGACCCAACAACUGGAAAAAUCCAGGCAAGUCUGGUACCCCCGACUCAGAAGUGGGCAGCGGGGAAGCCAAGUGCAGCCGAGCUAGGAUUUGACCAUCCAGGAAGUGCGAACUAUCUGGGCCGAACGGCAGUGGGAGGAGCCGAAAGACCCAGCGGGACCCUGGAAGGUUGCAAGGGUGGAGUGGUAGCCACGGGGAGGGGGUGUACAAGUGAAUACCCUGUUUGAGGAUUUCGGAGCUCGAGUCCUGGCUUUGAGACCGCCCAUCAAAAGUGGGAGACACUGGGAGAGCCUCGGUGGUGUUGUCUGUCUCCUAGGAAACACGUUAUAUUUGCAUCAUAGAGAACGCCUUAAGACCUGUUAUAUUUUUCCCUAAUUAAACUUAACUGCUUUCAUUACAGGCUCCAUAUUAGAUGACAUUUUAAAAGUAAAGCAUUUAGGGAGAGAAAAUUCCGGGUCUUCUUUAGCAUUGUAAAUUUAAAAAGUGUGGUGCAGAAUGUAAGGGUUGUGUGGGUGAAUUUAGAAUCCACAGAUGUACUCUACUCGGGCAGGUACCAGUGCUCUCUCUGCCUUAGGAAGAUGGGGGUGAGUCACACCAGCCCCUCUCCCAAGUGCAUAGUAUGGAAAUGGAAAGAGGCUGUAAACGUCCCAUCCGCUUACACCAUCUAUCCUGUCGUAUUGUAUUGUUGCAGGUCACAUCAUGUCUUCCCCAUAUUACGGAAACACACAGUUCUUAGUGUCUUCCUUAAGGAAGGGAAGGAAGAAAGGAGAAAGGAAGAGGUGGAGGAGCUAGCAGCGCACGGCGUGUUUCUGCCCCCCAAUAUGCAAGGGCUGACUGACGAGCAGAUUCAGGAGCUGAAGUUGAAGGAUGAGUGGGGCGAGAAGUGUGUGCCCAGUGGGGGUUCUGUGUUCCAGAAGGACGACAUCGGCCGGAGGAAUGGACAAGCUCCAAAUGAGAAGAUGAAGCAGGUUUUAAAGAAGACGGUAGAAGAAGCCAAAGCCACGGUAUCUAAGAAACAAGUGGAAGCUGGAGUCUUUGUUACCAUGGAGAUGGUGAAAGAUGCCCUGGACCAGCUUCGAGGUGCAGUGAUGAUCGUCUAUCCCAUGGGGCUGCCACCGUACGAUCCCAUCCGGAUGGAAUUUGAGAAUAAAGAAGAUCUGUCAGGAACUCAGGCAGCACUGGACGUCAUUCAGGAGUCGGAGGCACAGCUGUGGUGGGCCGCCAAGGAGCUGAGACGAACGAAGAAGCUUUCCGACUACGUGGGGAAAAAUGAGAAAACCAAAAUCAUCGUCAAGAUUCAGCAGAGGGGCCAGGGUGCACCAGCCCGGGAGCCGAUUAUCAGCAGUGAGGAGCAGAAGCAACUGAUGCUGUACUACCAUAGAAGACAGGAGGAGCUCAAGAAACUGGAAGAAAAUGACGAUGACUCCUGUUUAAACUCUCCAUGGGCUGAUAACACUGCGUUGAAAAGACAUUUUCAUGGGGUAAAAGACAUAAAGUGGAGACCCAGAUAAUGAGGCCCUCAGAGCCACCAGCCCCCUUCCCUGGGAAAAUAAUUAGAAUGCUAUAAAAGACAUGGACGUUUCUGUUUCCCAAUUUCCUUUAGUUUGGAUUUUUGAAAUAAGUCAUUCAUCGUUUAGAACUUAAUAAAUAUAUACUCAAAAGAAAA